UAUUCAACAAAUACAUAAAAAAGUUAUGAAAAUGUUUUCUUGGAAUGGGAGGUUAAAUGUUCAAUUUGAAGACUUUGGUUGUUGACGCAACAGUCCGUUACCGGAGAUCGCUUUACGGGAGAGCAUGCUGCUGGAGGUCAGAGACAUGAUCACAACAGAAGCUACGUAGUUUUUUGUUAAAACAAAACAAAACAAUACAAAAAACGCCGAUUUUGCGUUAAAGAUUACAUUGGAGUUUAAAAUAAUCCCGACCAGGAUAUAUUUCGCUGGUGUUGAAGAAAUCCAGGGGAGGUUCGUCGUUUAUUUUGGAGUGUUACGACAUUUCUUGCUAAGGUUAGCUUGACUCGGCUAGCAUCUUCCAGUUUCCAGGCUCCAGUUUGAGUCUCCAGGAGGGGUUUGCAGCCAUGGACAAUAACUCACAGGGGUCGGGGGGAUUCAAAGGGGGUCUCGGGGGUCUUUUUGGUGGGGGUGCACCUGAAUACUCCAACACAGAGCUGGCCGGUGUCCCCCUUACAGGAAUGAGUCCUCUUUCCCCUUACCUUAACGUCGACCCUCGUUACCUGGUUCAGGACACAGAUGAGUUCAUUUUACCUACAGGGGCCAACAAGACAAGGGGAAGAUUUGAACUGGCUUUCUUUACUAUUGGGGGCUCAUGUAUGACUGGAGCUUCACUGGGAGCUUUAAAUGGUCUGAGGAUGGGCUUGAAGGAGACUAGAGACAUGGCAUGGUCCAAACCGCGCAACGUACAAAUUCUGAACAUGGUGACCAGGCAGGGGGCUUCCUGGGCCAACUCUCUUGGCUCUGUCGCCCUGUUGUAUAGUGCUUUUGGUGUGGCAAUAGAGAAAGCCAGAGGGGCAGAAGAUGAUAUUAACACAGUCGCUGCUGGCACGUUAACAGGGAUGCUCUUCAAAUCCAGCGGAGGAUUAAAGAGCGCCGCCCGUGGAGGUCUCGUUGGUCUUGCCGUAUCUGGUGCAUACGCCCUUUACAACAACUGGGAGCAUCUCACCGGCUCCUCCUCCACCCGGUUGUACUAACCUCUGCCACGCUUCAUCAUCAGGUCCAAAUAUCUGGAGGACUCAGCCUUUAACCACAAAUAGUUAGACUGGUUAAAUUUGGUGUUUUUUUCCCGUCUCUCACCCGCAAGCAUUCUGGGAAUUGUGAGAGAAAAGGUAAUUCCUCUGGAAAUUCCUCUGGAAAUCCAGAUCAUUUGUUAGUCCUUGGCUGUGUUCUGAUUAGUCACAAGAACAGUUAGUGAGGAUAUAAUACCAAAUCCCAACUUUUAGUUUCAUUGCUAAUGAAUGACUUGUCUGUCUCCACUGAUGCUAGAUUGUCAUGACAGUUAAAUGAGCCAACUUAUAGGACAACACCUGGUGUGUGGUCCAGAUAAGGUGUUUUCAGACUGAAAGACUCUUAUCUGUAAAAAUAGAGCAAAUCCUCACAGUCUGACGACAUGUAUUUAUUAAAACAUUGAUAGUGGUUUCUGCUCUGUGAGAGAGGAAACCACUGUAAAGCUGUACUUGAACGUCUUACUGUUCAUGUUUCUCCAUCAACUCUGCUGUUUGAUAAACCAGAAUAAAACGACAAAUGUUACGGAUA